AUGGCUUAUAGCCUUACAAAGUGAGUAUCUGUUCGAAGAUAUUCUCGGGGUGAGCCAGAGUCGAACCCAUGACCUGGGACGACAGAGGAUAAACCCUUAACCACUGGGCUAUCCGAUCGUGCUCGUCGUUAUAAACAUUUAGGUGGCCGGCAAUAAAAGAAACAAAAUACAAAUAUUAUCUAGUGUAUAAAAAAAGAUAAAAAAGCUAAAGAAAAAUAUGGGCGAUCUCUACGCUUUGGAUUUUGAUGGAGUUAUAUGUGAUAGUUGUGGAGAGAGCUCUGUCUCUGCUGUCAAGGCUGCCAAAGUGAGGUGGCCUAGUUUGUUCGAAAAUGUGAGUUCAUCUUUGGAGGCUUGGAUUGUUGAUCAGAUGCACAUUGUGCGUCCUGUGGUAGAAACAGGGUAUGAAAAUUUGUUGCUUGUGAGGUUGUUGGUGGAAAUCCAGAUUCCUUCUCUUCGCAAAUCCUCGGUUGCAGAGGGACUCACUGUUGAGGGAAUACUAGAGAGCUGGUCAAAACUUAAACCAGUCAUCAUGGAGGAAUGGGGAGAGGAUAAGGAUACUCUUGUUGAUCUAUUUGGAAAAGUCCGGGAUGAAUGGAUGGACAAUGACUUGACUACUUGGAUAGGUGCUAAUAGAUUUUAUCCAGGUGUAUCCGAUGCCUUGAAGUUUGCAAGCUCAAAAGUCUAUAUAGUUACCACGAAACAGAGUCGCUUUGCUGAUGCAUUACUGCGAGAGAUUGGAGGAAUAACCAUUCCCCCUGAAAGAAUAUAUGGUCUUGGAAGUGGUCCCAAAGUUGAAGUGUUGAAAAAGCUGCAGAAGAUCCCAGAGUAUCAGGGCCUGACCCUACACUUUGUGGAAGAUCGCAUUGCAACUUUGAAAAAUGUCAUCAAGGAGCCUGAGUUGGAUGGAUGGAACUUGUAUCUAGGAGACUGGGGUUACAACACCCAAAAAGAAAGAGACGAAGCUGCAAGCAUAUCUAGAAUUCACCUUCUCCAGCUGUCUGAUUUUAGCAAGAAGCUCAAAUGAUCAUCUUAUCGCUGUAACAUUUUUUAUAAAUAUAUACUCAUUAACCAAUUUAAUUUACGAUUCUUGCAUUUCUUAAUAACAAUGUCAUAAAAAUAAAGUUCAGUUAAAUACCACACAAAUUUCUUCCUUA